AUGUCUGUAAAAAAUGGUAAGGAAACGGAAGUAAAUGGAGAGGCCGAGAAAAAUACAGAAAAAGAAGAAGAAGAGGAUCCUGAAGAGGAGGAUGAGGAAUCUCUUGCCGAUGACUUGAGGUAUUUUUUCUCCCAAAUUUUAUUGUAAAUAUGUUUUCAGUGAUCAAUCGGACCGAGAAGUAGAUGAAGAAAAGGAAACGGCCAUCGAUUACAAGGUGCUUGGAAAUGAAAAAUUUUCAGAAUUGCCGAGCCUCAGGUUUCUCAAGCUUCGUUCUUAUUCGUAAACAGAGAACUUUCAGAGUGACCAGUACUUGGGUGAAUCAGGCGACUAACUUUUCGGCUGUCGUGAAUGAUUCAAGCACAAAAGACGUUGAUCUCAUCGAGCUUCCGGACAGUUUGAAACUGCAAAGGCCUAAUCUCAUCCAAAAAUGGUUCCCUGUGCAGGUUUUCCCCUCUAGUUUGUGUUCCAUUCAUCACUUAGUUUCUCAGCACGCCGUUUUGCCCUCACUUUUGAAAGAAGCAAGGAUUCCGCCGCUUUUGAGGCCACGUGACAUUGCCAUCGCGGCGCCAACUGGUUAGUAUGUGAUUUCAUUAUUAUUUCAACUGUCUCGAAUUUCAGGCAGCGGCAAAACGCUGUGUUAUGUGCUGCCGAUCCUCGCAAAUCAGCAAAAAGUAGUUUCUAACGCUCUUUAUGCCUUGAUUAUCGUUCCUGUGCAAACUUUGGUUCGACAAAUCGAAGAGGUUUUUCUACUGAAAAACGUUGGAAAACCAUAUUCUCUUCAGGAGUUCAGCAGAUGGAAUCCUUCUGGAGCCGUGAAAGUGCUGAAUUUGUCCGGAGUCCAUGAUUACGAUUCCGAAAGUCGAAGAUUGGAUUCUCUGAAGCCAAAUGUCAUCGUGGCGACGCCGGCGCGGUUCGUCCAGCACCUCACAGCCGUUCCCUCGUUCAUCGAUCUGUCGCGCCUCAGGUUUUUUAAAUUCAUAACUUGCUUUUUUUUUCCUCGUUAACUCCUGAUUAUAUGAAUAGGAGAACAUUUUUUUCAAAAAUUUUUAGAAGAUCUGAUUAUUUUUUUAAUGGUUUUUUUGAAAAUUGAAUUAAAAAAAUUUUUCUCAGAGUAUUCGUAAAGAGCGUAUGAAGGUUCAAAGAUUUGUUUUAUCCAAACAUUUACUUCUUGGUUCACUUCAAUCACUUUCUGUUUUGAAAAUUUAAAAAAAAGGGACUCUUAGUUUUGAAAUUUCUCCAAUAUACCGAUCGCUCUAAUUUCUCUUACUUUUUAAAAUUGGAAUAUUUUUCCAUUUUUUUCCGGCUUUCAAAACAAUUUUUUUCAAUUCGAGAUUCCAAAAAAAUAAGACUAGCGACAAAUAAUGCUUGAGUUUUUUUGGAUGAAAAUUGAAAAAAAGUAUAAAACAUCGAGAUAAUUAUGAAACGCAUUCUUCAUACAUUUUUUUAACCUAAAGUUUUUUUCUUCUCUUCAUAUUUGUAACUUUUUUUGGUUGAGCGAAUUCAAGAUUUUUUUCUUUUUCGGUAUAAUUUUUCUAGUUCAAAGAUUAAUUUUUUUAAUACUGAAAGUAAUAGUUGGGUAUUUUUAGAUAUUUGGUGGUGGAUGAGGCGGAUCGAAUGGGCAGUUUGGUCCGUGAAGAAUGGCUCGACGUCAUUGAAAAGUUUUCUGAAUGUAUGCUUUUUUUUCAACAAUUUUCAAGAAAAAAAAUGUGUAUUCAGGCAAUAGUUCAUCGGCAAACAUGUCGGACGUGUUCAAAAAUCGGCAGGCCCCUCAAAAAAUAGUCCUUUCGGCGACUCUUUCCAAAGACGUCGAGGACCUCCAUUUGUGGAAUUUGUACCGGCCGCGACUUUUCAGUGCAACCAGUUCUUCUAGCAAAGAGGUCCUCUUUACUUAUUUUUUGCCAUGCUGAGGAUAUUUUUUUGAAGGGUUUCGAUAAUAUCUUCUUUUUUAGAACACGAACUCUGUGAAUCAUAUGAGUGGAGUUCUGGCCUUGCCGGGCUCGAUCCAGCACAAAAUCCUCGUUUGCACGGCAAAGUUCCAUCCACUGGCCGUUUAUCAUCAUCUUUGUGAGAGGAAAUGGAACCGGGUUCUCAUAUUCGUCAAUGAAAUGUUCGUUCUCUUUUUUUUGCUCAACUUGCGACGAAAAGCUCAUGUUAUUUCCACUUAUUGUAUAUUUAGCCUAGGUAAAAGUUCUGCAAACGUGUAAACUUUUUUUUCUUUUGCUUACGUUUACCCUUAUUGAAUAUUGUUUUGGGCCAGCGAUGAAAAAAUUUUCUUGUUGGGGAUCUGGAAGUACAUCUCCUCUGAACUGAAAUGCCCUAAGGCGCGUCCAAUUGUUUCUCUGCUGCAAACUAUUUCGUCGUUCUCUGGUAGUCAGAGAGGGAUAAAAAAAAAGCAUGCGGCAGUAAAUUCGGGUUCAGAAUUAUCAAAAUUCCAUUAGAUUCUCAAACGGUGUCCUUUUGCACUUCCCCUGUCAGUAGUAUAUUCUGAAUUUAAUGAUCAUUUAAACUCGUCAAAAGCUGGCGGAAUCUUCAUUUUCUAGAGAAUCUUCAAAUCGAUUGGCAUCGGUCCUCAAACAUCUUUGCAAAGACAAAUACGAAGUUGAUUUCUUCACUGCGGAACUAUUCGGAAAACGACGCCAAAAACUUUUUCAGCGGUUCAAAACUGGCGAGGUUUUCCGAUAACUUCAUUUCUAUCAAUUUCAACUCUCUCAUGUUCAGAAUCGUGUUCUGAUUGCCUCCGACGUCUUGGCGCGAGGAGUGGACGUCGAAGACAUUGAUUGUGUGAUCAACUACAACUUGCCCCAGUAUGAUAAGCUCUUUGUUCACAGGUUUUAUAUCACUUUUUUUCCAUUUUCAGUCUAUUUUUUCAGGUCCGGCCGUACUGGAAGAGCUGGUCGAAGCGGUUUUGUUCUCAGUAUUGCUGACAACGAAACGGUAAUUAUACUUAAUCUUUUAGAAAAUUGUGUCAAAAACCUAAAGAACAGUUCAAUAGUAAGAAAAUCACUACAUUUAAUAUUGCGAAAGCCAAGUUUUUGAGAAGGAUUUCCCUCAAAAAAGCUACGUCCAGUUUCUGUGAAAAAAGGCUGUCACGAAAACCAAAGAAAGUUUUUUUUAUGCAGUUCCUAUUUUCUCAUUCCGAUACUUUUCCGGAUUACUGACGUCUCGAGACAAAAAAGUUCAUUUGAUGCCUAGUUUUCGUUUUCGUUAUGAUUAUUAUCAUUUUUUCCACCUUCGGACUUGUUGAAAUCUCAUAAAGUUCAAAUGCAUAUACACUUUUUCUCUCAUUUUUGUUAAUAACAGAAGUUUCGAGAUAAAAUAAGAUCUAAUUUUUCGAGCUAAAACAUCAUUUUUUUUUUGUUUAGAAACGAAUCUUCAUAAAAAUGCUGAAAAAGACGGAUCUCUACGGCGAAAGUACGGAGGAAGUCGCAGAGGAAAACGAUUUCCAGCAGUACAUGAAUGCGUUCGUUUAGAAAAAAAAUGCAAGUUCAAAUCUAUCCUUUUCAGAUACCAGACAGCACUUGACGAACUCAAGGCGACUGUUGCUGUGAAUGGAAAGAAAAAAAGAAGUCAGUGAAUUGGAAAAUGUUUUUAAACGAGUUUUGUUCGUAGAUCAACCAGCGCAAAGAAGUGGCCACGAAGGAUUCCGGAAAAGGAGACCUGUUAAGGAAGUCAAAGAAGAGUGGUGGAAAAAGAAGAAAAAGAACCGCGACGAUUGA